AGGGGUAGGCUGCGCGGGAGGCCGAGAGGGGGCAGCAGGCGAUGGCGGCGGCGGCGGCGGCGGGUCGGCUAGGCUGGUUGCUCGCCGCGCUCUGCCUGGGCAACGCCGCCGGGGAGGCGGCGUCGGGCCCGCGAGUGCUGGGUGUCUGUCUGGAGGAGGACGGAGCGGCGGGCGCGGGGUGGGCGCGCGGAGGGGAGAUGCGGGCCGCUCCGGAGGCCACCUUCCGCCUGCGCCUUUUCGGCUCGGGCUUCGCCAACAGCUCCUGGUCCUGGGUGGCCCCUGAGGGGGCGGGUUGCCCCGAGGGCGGGCCGGCCGCGGCGUCCGACGAGGCGGCGGCCCCCACGGGCGAGUGGCGUGCGCUGCUGCGCCUGCGCGCUGAGGCUGUGCGCCCGCACUCGGCGCUGCUGGCGGUGCGCGGGGAGCCGAGCGGCGAGGCGGCCGCCCCCACGGGCGAGUGGCGCGCGCUGCUGCGCCUGCGCGCCGAGGCCGUGCGCCCGCAUUCGGCGCUGCUGGCCGUGCGUGUGGAGCCGGGCGGCGGGGCAGCCGAGGAGGCGGCGCCGCCCUGGGCUCUGGGCCUGGGGGCGGCGGGGCUGCUGGCGCUGGCGGCGCUGGCGCGGGGCCUGCAGCUGAGCGCGCUGGCGCUGGCGCCAGCCGAGGUGCAGGUGCUGCGCGAGAGCGGCUCGGAGGCGGAGCGUGCGGCGGCGCGGCGCCUGGAGCCCGCGCGGCGCUGGGCCGGCUGCGCCCUGGGCGCGCUGCUGCUGCUGGCCAGCCUGGCGCAGGCGGCGCUGGCGGUACUACUGUACCGCGCGGCCGGCCAGCGCGCAGUGCCUGCAGUGCUCGGCAGCGCGGGGCUCGUGUUCCUGGUGGGCGAGGUGGUGCCGGCUGCCGUGAGCGGGCGCUGGACGUUGGCGCUGGCGCCGCGCGCACUGAUCCUCAGCCGCCUGGCAGUGCUGCUCACCUUGCCCGUGGCGCUGCCCGUGGGCCAGCUGCUGGAGCUGGCGGCGCGGCCAGGGCGGCUGCGCGAGCGCGUGCUGGAACUGGCGCGCGGCGGCAGCGACCCCUACAGCGAUCUCAGCAAGGGCGUGCUGCCCUGCCGGACCGUGGAGGACGUGCUCACGCCCCUCGAGGACUGCUUCAUGCUGGACGCCAGCACCGUGCUGGACUUCGGCGUCCUGGCCAGCAUCAUGCAGAGCGGCCACACGCGCAUCCCCGUGUACGAGGACGAGCGUUCUAACAUCGUGGACAUGCUCUACCUCAAGGACUUGGCUUUCGUGGACCCCGAAGACUGCACGCCGCUCAGCACAAUCACCCGCUUCUACAGCCACCCACUCCACUUCGUCUUCAACGACACCAAGCUGGACGCCGUCCUGGAGGAGUUCAAACGAGGGAAGUCCCACCUGGCCAUCGUGCAGAAGGUGAACAACGAGGGCGAAGGUGACCCCUUCUACGAGGUGCUGGGCCUGGUCACCCUGGAGGACGUCAUCGAGGAGAUCAUCAAGUCCGAGAUCCUGGACGAGUCCGAAGACUACCGAGACACCGUGGUGAAGAAGAAGCCUGUGUCUCUGAGCGCCCCUCUCAGGCAGAAAGAGGAAUUCUCCCUGUUCAAGGUGUCUGACGAUGACUAUAAAGUGAAAAUCUCGCCUCAGCUGCUCUUGGCCACCCAGCGCUUCCUUUCCCGAGAGGUGGAUGUAUUCAGCCCGCUGCGAAUCUCCGAGAAGGUCCUGCUGCACCUGCUGAAGCAUCCCAGCGUCAACCAGGAAGUGAGGUUUGACGAGAGCGACCGCCUGGCUGCCCACCACUACCUGUACCAGCGCAGCCAGCCGGUGGACUAUUUCAUCCUCAUCCUGCAGGGCAGGGUUGAGGUGGAGAUCGGGAAAGAGGGCUUGAAGUUCGAGAAUGGGGCCUUCACCUACUAUGGAGUGUCCGCCCUGACGGCGCCGUCCUCGGUUCACCAGUCCCCGGUGUCCUCGCUCCAGUCCAUCCGCCACGACCCGCUGCCCGAGCCCGCCGAAGGCACCCGCUUGUCUGCAUACUGUCCUGACUACACCGUGAGGGCCCUCUCUGACCUGCAGCUCAUCAAGGGUCCAGCCACAGCAGACCCGGCCUCCCGGCGGAGGAGAGCCCUGGGCGGAACCCGGGAGUUUAACCGCUUGGCAGGCAGCCCCAGGUCUGGGGAACGGACAAUCACGUGGGGAACUGGAGCGAGCCAAGGAGCGGCUUCCUGCCAGCCUGUCCGCAUCCCCUGCAGGCCACGUUUUAGAUGGCCCUCGUGGACGCGGGUCCUGGCUGCCCUCAGAACCAGAGGCUGGUGCCAGGAGCCUCAGCAGCAGGUCCUGCCCCCCUUUAGGAGAUGGGGGUCCGCCGGGGCCAGCCCUCCAGGCCUGCUUCCGAACGGAAUGAAAGGAACAGUGCCACCUCCAGUCGCUGUGCCAGCCUCCCUGUGACAGUGCAGUGUGUUUAUACCUCUUCUGGCCAAGCCACCACGUGAGUGCACGGUUACCGCCUCUCUGUGGCCGUGACCUGUUCUCUCUCUGCUUUUAAUCUGCCAGCCUCCUGCUGCUGGCAGCACCAGUGUGGGCUGGGGGUUCACAUCCGUGGCCUUGGCCACCGUGACCUUUCAGGCUUCCCUUACGAUGCCAUGCUUCAGAGCACGUGCCCAGCCUGUCCCAUGUGCCAAACCUGGAAGCAAGCCUGUCACACCAGCCCCGCUCCCUCCUGUGCAGGUGGCUUUCUCACGCUGGCCCCGCGGGGCUGAGGAACCUCUUCCUCCUGCCACUCCUCAGCCUGCCUGGCUCAGUCGCCACUAACAGUAUUGUCGUUUCCUGUGUUUUAAGAAGAGGUCACACGUGGGAGGAAGGGACUGCUCUGCUGCACCUAAGCCUUUGUCGUGGGGUUCCGGGGAGGGCAGCCCGCGGCCCCCCUGGGGGCGCCGUGUGGCUGUCAGGUGCGUGGAGGGUGGCCAGGGCGGCCAGGGCUGGUUGUGAACCAGGUAGAACCCUCUCCGUCCUUUGGAAAAAAGAACAUGACAUCGGAGUUUUUCUUAGAUCUCUGAAACAUUUCAAGCUCUUUGCCAUUUUCCUUUUCUAGCUCUGGGGUUUUAGAGAAGCGGGAACGAGAAGGUAUUUGUCUCGCCUUCUGGUUCACCUAAAGUCACCUUCCACAGUGCUUCAGCUGCGCAGAAACCGGGGCAUCACGGGGACCAAGGAUGGGGAGGGGGCAGGAUUUCUGGAACCUUUCCCAAAGGUAUUUGGGUCCUUACCCAGGAUCAGUGGGAAUGAAGACCAAAAAACAGUGGCAUGCUCACUGAGAGACUUUUCUCAAGGAAUUCUCUCCAGGAGCAAACCCAGGUGGGAAGUAGAUACUUUAAAAUUCUCUCUCUCCAGAACAGUGGUUCUUAACUUUGGCUGCACAUUGGAAAUCACCUGGCAAAUUAAAAAUACUGAUACCUGGGGCCCAUCCCCCAGGGAUUCUGAUUUAACCAGUCCAGGCAUCAGGAUUUUAUUCUUUAAAAUUAUUUUGGGUUCACAGAUCAUAUACCCUUCACACCCACUUCCCUGACUAUCUCACAUAACCUUGGUGCAUUUAUCGAAACUAAAAAAUUAACAUGGGUACAAAACUAUUAAGUAAAUUACAGACUUGGAUUUUUAUCAGAUUUUCCAUCAUGUCCCUUUUCUGUUGCAGGAUCCAAUCCAGGACACCAAGUUCCAUUUAGAGCUAUUGCUUUUUUUUUUCCCUAAGUAACUUGUUACUUUGAAAUAAUUAACAGAUUCAUAGGAAGUUGCAAAGAUAGAGGUCCCACGUACCCUUCACCCAGUUUUCCUCAAUGAUUACAUCUUACAUAGUUACAAUGCAGUAUCAAGACCAGGAAUCUGACACUGGUGCAAUGUGGGCAUAUAGUUCUAUAGCAUCUUAUCACAUGUAGAUUUGUGUAACCACCACUGCAAUCUAGAUACAGAACUGUUCCUCCCUAGGAUCUCCCUCCAACAGACCCUUUAUUAGAGCCCCCCCACCCCCUCUGGCCACUAUCCCUAAUUCCUGGCAACCACUAAUCUGUCCAUCAUCUCUAUAAUUUUGUCAUUUCAAGAAUGUUGUAUAAAUGGGGUCUUACAGUAUGUAACCAUUGGGACUGGCUUUUUUCACUCAGCAUGAUGUUCUGGAAUCUCCUCCAGGCUGUUGCACGUGUCAAUGGCUCAUUCCUUUUUGAUGGCUGUGUGGUGUUCCAUCAUAUACUCACUGUCCUGUCUAAGGACAUCUGGGUGGUUUCCAGUUUUUGGCUAUUCCAAAUAAAGCUGCUAUGAACAUUCA